AUGGUGCUGUGCAGCGAUCUGGAUGCGCAGCUGGAGAAGCUCAAGCGCUGUGAGCUCAUUUCAGAGGAGCAAGUGGUUGAGCUCUGUCGAAAGGCGCGCGAGAUCCUUGUCGAAGAGGCCAAUGUCCAGCCCGUGCAGAGCCCAGUCACGAUUUGCGGCGACAUUCACGGCCAGUUUUACGAUCUCAUGGAACUCUUCGAGAUUGGUGGCGACGUUCCGCAGCGUUCCUACGUCUUUCUGGGAGACUAUGUGGACCGUGGCUUCUUCUCCGUGGAGACGUUUCUUCUGCUCCUGGCCCUGAAGGUCCGCUAUCCCGAUCGCGUCUAUCUAAUUCGCGGCAACCACGAAAGUCGUCAGAUUACCCAGGUGUAUGGCUUUUAUGAUGAUUGUCUCCGCAAAUACGGCUCCGCUCAUGUGUGGCAACUCUGCACGGACGUCUUUGACUACAUCUCGCUCUCCGUUUUGAUUGACGACGAGGUCUUUUGCGUGCAUGGAGGAUUGAGCCCCAAGUUAUCGCAGCUGGAUGAGAUUCGCAUGAUUGACCGAAAGAUUGAAGUACCGCACGAGGGCCCCAUGUGUGACCUCCUCUGGUCCGACCCCGAAGACAUUGAAGCAUGGGCCAUGAGCCCGCGUGGUGCCGGCUUUUUGUUCGGAGCGUCCGUGGCGUCGCAGUUCAAUGAACGUAACAACCUUCACUUUAUUGCACGGGCUCAUCAGCUUGUCAUGGAAGGAUACAAGUGGCACUUUACCGAAGAGGUUUUGACCGUUUGGUCGGCGCCCAAUUACUGCUACCGUUGCGGUAACAUUGCGGCAAUUUUCGAGUACAACGGGUCACACAGUGAUCCUCGGUACUCGUUCCGGCUCUUUAGCGAAGCCCCAGCCUCCAAGCGAGGCGCGCCAGUCCGCCCUGCCCCCACCGAGUAUUUCCUGUGA